CCCCAGCCGACUACUCUGUCGUUAUCUACUUGUUUUAUCAAGAUGACGCGCAGUCAGGAAACCGCGCCUACCUCGUUCGGCCAUGAAAUGAGAAAGCAUUUCUCAUUUGCUCCCGGUUAUCGCAAUCUGAACCACGGGUCCUACGGCACCUCUCCGUCGGCCGUUCGCAAAAAGGCAGAGAAUCUCCGAGAGGAAUGGGAGACCCGACCCUGCCCUUUUAUUAAAUAUGACUUCCCGCCGCUGUUGGACGAAUCGCGCGCCGCCAUCGCCGACUUCCUGCAGGUCCCCGUGUCUACUGUCGUCUUCGUGGCCAACGCGACGACGGGCGUGAAUACGGUGCUGCGCAAUCUGACGUGGAAUCCGGAUGGAAACGACGAGAUUAUUCAACUAGACGUCAUCUAUAGCGCCUGCGGCAGUACGACUAAAUACCUUUGCGAAGCCUCCGAGUGCCGAGUCCGGACGAGGGAGGUUCGCGUCGAUUACCCCAUCGAAGACGAUGAGUUUGUCGCAGCCUUCCGAAAUACGAUUCGGGCGUCGCGUCGCGAGGGUCGCAAUCCUCGUAUCGCCAUCUUCGAUACCGUCUGCUCGAACCCGGGGCUGCGGCUGCCUUUCGAGGCGCUGACGGCGGUCUGUCGUGAGGAGGGCGUGCUGAGUUUGAUCGACGGAGCUCAUGGCAUUGGACAUAUCGAGCUGAACCUGGCCCAGCUGGAUCCCGACUUCUUCGUCAGUAAUUGUCACAAGUGGUUGUUCACGCCGCGCUCCUGCGCCGUCUUCUACGUGCCUCAGCGCAACCAGGCGAUGAUGCGCUCCACGCUGCCCACCAGCAUCGGGUUCGUGCCGCAGUCGGAAUCGACCAGCAAUGCGCCGGCAGUGAACACGGAUAAGAGCGAAUUUGUGCGGAAUUUCGAAUUCGUCGGGACCCUCGACACUAUCCCGUUCAUCACGGUGCCGGCAGCCAUCGAGUGGCGCCGCACAGUCGCAGGGGGCGAGAAGAAAAUCAUAGAGUAUUGCACCCGGCUGGCGCAGGAGGGAGGCAGGCUGGUGGCCGAUAUACUUGGGACACAGGUGCUGGAUAACAAGACGAGAACGUACACGGACUGCUGCAUGUCCACCGUGUUGUUGCCCAUCGAGCUGUCCACCUCUGCGCCGGUCACUCUUCCCUGGAAGGGGCGUCGCGUGUCGGUGUCGGACUGGGCGCAGCAGACGCUGAUUGAAGAAUAUCAGACCUACCUGCCCAUCUUCCCCUUCAAGGGACGCUGGUGGACUCGGCUGAGUGGGCAGAUCUAUCUGGAGAUGGACGACUUCGAAUGGGCCGGUCAUACAUUGGUGGAAUUGUGUGAGAGACUGAAACUAGCUUUGUCUGAGCAGAGGACGGAAUAGAUUUUUUAAGAUGUUUACUCGUGUGGCAGACUCAAUCGUUUCCUUGCUGGAAAAUCUCUCAGUCAAUCUUCCAGAUUAGAUCUACCGACAGCAUUUAUAAAGGCGAAACAUAGAAAGAUCG